AGGCUGAGGUGUCUUGAUAAUCAGAGUUCGUACUCCAAGGAGAAGCCCCCAAGACCAACAGUAUUGGAUAUAAUUGAAAGAGGAAGUUCUCCUCAACCUCCAGAGAAUGUGGACCGGAUAUAAGAUCUUAAUCUUUUCUUAUCUGACUACAGAAAUCUGGAUGGAAAAUCAUUAUUUAUCUCAAAGAGAAGUGAACCUUGGAGACUAUUUCACUAGGAAUCACACCAUUUUGGAAGGUACUCGAUUCAAAAGAGCCAUUUUCCAAGGGCAGUACUGUAGAACUUUUGGUUGUUGUGAAGACAGAGAUGAUGGCUGUGUUACUGAGUUCUAUGAAGCAAAUGCAUUGUGUUACUGUGAUAAAUUCUGUGAAAGGGAAAAUUCUGAUUGCUGUCCUGAUUACAAGUCCUUUUGCCACGAAGAGAAAGAAUGGCCUCCUCACACACAGCCUUGGUACCCAGAAGGUUGCUUCAGAGAUGGUCAACAUUAUGAAGAAGGAUCAGUAAUUAAGGAAAAUUGCAACUCCUGCACAUGCUCAGGACAGCAGUGGAAAUGUUCCCAGCACACGUGCCUUGUUCGUCCAGAGUUAAUUGAACAUGUCAAUCAAGGAGACUAUGGAUGGACAGCGCAGAACUACAGCCAAUUCUGGGGAAUGACUUUAGAAGAAGGUUUCAAAUUUCGCCUUGGCACCUUGCCACCCAGCCCCAUGCUUCUGAGCAUGAAUGAGAUGACAGCUUCUUUACCUGCCAAGACAGAUCUUCCAGAAUUUUUUAUUGCUUCUUAUAAGUGGCCUGGAUGGACUCAUGGGCCAUUGGAUCAAAAAAAUUGUGCUGCAUCCUGGGCAUUUUCCACCGCAAGUGUGGCAGCUGACAGAAUAGCAAUUCAGUCUAAGGGUCGAUACACAGCCAAUCUGUCCCCUCAGAAUUUGAUCUCGUGCUGUCCUAAGAACCGUCAUGGAUGCAACAGUGGAAGCAUUGACAGGGCCUGGUGGUACCUGAGAAAACGUGGACUGGUAUCUCAUGCCUGCUAUCCACUUUUUAAGGACCAAAAUAACACCAAUAAUAUCUGUGCCAUGGCUAGUAGGUCUGAUGGGCGGGGAAAAAGGCAUGCCAUCAAGCCAUGUCCCAACAGCAUAGAGAAGUCUAACAGGAUUUACCAAUGCUCUCCUGCAUACAGAGUGUCUUCCAAUGAAACUGAGAUAAUGAUGGAAAUCAUGCAAAAUGGACCAGUUCAAGCCAUAAUGCAAGUCCACGAGGAUUUCUUUUACUAUAAGACAGGGAUAUAUAGACAUGUUACCAGCACAAAUGAAGAAUCAGAAAAAUAUCGAAAAUUUCGGACACAUGCAGUCAAACUUACUGGAUGGGGCAUACUGAGAGGAGCACAUCAGAAGAAAGAAAAAUUUUGGAUUGCUGCCAAUUCCUGGGGAAAGUCAUGGGGAGAGAAUGGCUAUUUUAGGAUUCUUCGUGGAGUAAAUGAAUCUGACAUUGAAAAGUUGAUUAUUGCAGCUUGGGGCCAACUGACAAGUUCAGAUGAACCAUAACAUAUUAAAUUUCCAUAAGGCCAUGCAUUUAAGUAACUUCUUAAAUUGAAGUUUCACAAU